CAUAAAACCAACUUUGGUCAGGACUCAUCUCCCGCCGAAACUCUUAUUGGCCACGAUCAGGGCCGACGACAAAAUGAUGGGCCAAAUUGGAACUCUCUAUGUCGAACGAUCCCAUGGCGUGAUGGAGGAGGCAUUCAUGAGGGCGUCUCUCCGCUCCUCUGCGGUUUGUCACUGUCAUACAGUACAUACCCCACACCUCGAUACCCCCAAUUCAAUCGUUUGCUUUCUCGUCUAGAGUCAAGCACGAAGACGGCAUAGAACCGACAUCGUCCAGCUUAGAGCAAUGAUGAGAUCCAUCGCAACCGCGUGUUUGGUGGUAUUGACGGAUUCGUUGCUCUCGUUGGCCAGUGCGCAGCGACAGCCCAAUGACAUUCCUUCCACUGUCAAUGGAUGUGCCGAUGCCUUGAUAUCGGCCGACGAGGAUGGAAAUGGUGUCAUUACACGGGACGAACACCUGGACUUUGCCAACGAAAUCGCAGAGUUGCUGUGUCAGCCGGUACCGCUUUCUCCUGAAUUGAGCUUUGACCUGCAAACCAUUUUUAUUACAUCUUCCUGUCUGUGCCAGGAUCUGGAUGGAUACGAGGUCGGAUGUUGCUUUGGCGAAGAUGCCGGGAUAAUCGCCAACGGCGCGGCUGCUGAUGACGAAACUCGAACAGAUGAACAAAGAGACUAUCUAAGAUCAGUCUGCUUGCUGACUCAAGCUGUGCUAGGUCCAAGCGAGUGCGGGGAAUCCAUGAUGUCGUUCGAUGACACAAGCAAAGACGAAAUGGUCGAAACCCAAGACACCCCGAGCCCUGGAUCCUAUGACGAGGAGACAGAUGAUAUCCCCGGCACGUUGCCGGGCUGCACCGCAGCACUACUUGCCAAUGAUGAAGAUGGUGACUGGAGCAUCCGACGAGACGAAUACUUGGGAGUUGUCAAUGACGUUGCUGACUUGUUGUGUGUGCCACCCCGUGAGGAUCUUGAUUUGCAACUACAAACAACCUUUAUCAGCUUAGCUUGUUUGUGCUUAGAGAGGGAAGGAGCUGCCUCGGAUUGCUGUUUCGCUGACAAUGCCGCCAUUGACGUUUCUGUGGUAUCUGGAUUUCGAAGCGAAGACGACGAACUCUAUCUCCGAGCCGUUUGUGUACUGACACAGGCAAUCUUUGGACACGGGCAAUGCAACGACGAGUCGGCAUCACCCUCUGACGCAGAGACCACUCCUAUCCCUGUUUCCGAAGACCCGUCGGAAGCUGCGGUGGCACCAGCAGCCAACAACGACAUUUCCGGAACUGUUCGAGGCUGUGCGGAUGCUUUGCUGGCUCAUGACCAAGACAACAGCUGGACUAUUAUCGAGCGCGAUGAGUAUCUUGGUUUUACAAACAGGGUUGCAGAGCUUUUGUGUGUACCACCCCGAGAGUCAAUGGAUCUAGAGCUCCAGACUGCUUUCAACAGCAUUGCUUGUCUUUGCGCUGAGCAAGAAAGCGCGGACCCGACAUGUUGUCUCGGUGAAAACGCAAAAAUCGACAUUGAAGGGGCGGCUGUGGAUGCCGACUCACGAACGCCAGAACAAGAGGCCUAUCUUCGCUCGGUAUGCUUAAUCACCCAGGCGAUAGUUGGACCCGAUCAGUGUAACGAGGAUGAAUCGGAUUACGUUGCUAUUGAAGAGGGGAAUGUGGCCGCUUCAGAGAAGACGCUUGGCCCCACCUCAGAAGACUCGAUGGAUUCUACUUCGUCACUUCGGGGCACAGUCGUGCCGACAGUGUUAGCUACUGUGACAGCCACAGUUGACAUAUCCAAGUGAGGCGACGCCCGUAAUCAAAUCCUCUGUAGUUGAGGCAGAGGUUCUUCUACAGAGCCAGCACUGGCAUCGAGGUAAGCAGUGUUGCCAAGCUAGCUGAAGGCGCGAUUCCGCGAGUUUUUGACUUGUAGGAUUCUGGGGGCUGCGCAUGGAGAGUCUGUUACUUUGUUACAGCCAUACCCAUAGUUGCUGGGGUCGGCUUGUAGGUGCUAUUCUGGUAUGAUCUUCCGUAACAUUGUAAGGCAAAUACACGUAGGUCAGCUGAGCAAACAACCGUAUCAAGAUCGCAUUCAUCAAGCGCAGCUUACAUUGAUCCGAUCUUGUUCUACGUUUAGUAUGGUGCGCACAUCAUGUUCGUUUUUCACGACUCGCAGUUUCGUGGUGUUGGGCAAAGGCAGCCACCGACAUAGUCCCGCCCCAAAGGCUUUCUUGGUACAAGCCCAAUGUGAUUGUAUUUGGUUCUUGCCAACAGCUAACAGUAGUACUGACUAAAAAAGAAAGAGCUUCCUUGUCCCUUGUCAAAGAACAUCUAAAUCACCCUGUCUUGGCAGACAAUACAGAGCCAAAAUACUGUGUCGGUCCACCAGUGCCAGGAUACUUCUUGCCCAUUACAGCCACUUGAAUCCCCAGAGAUGCACAAGAAAGGAGCCAUCAUUGCCGCCGGAUACACAACUUCUUGAUUGACUUUGUGCUGGUUAUUUGUCAGUCCGGAGCAACGCAAUCUUCACCUUGAAAGAGAAACCGAAAGUAGUUUUCGGAGUGCUUCCCUGUGCUUGUUACCUUUAGAAGCUAGCUAGUACAGUAGCUACCUUUUAAGCCAGACCUACCUCAUGCCCGAGGAGCUGGAGAAGGGAGUGUUCCCAGAGGUCAAAGGAAUCUGGCACAGUUGCAUCUUCCCGGCGGGACCUGCACAUACAAGGUGCCACGCACCCUGAGGGACCUACGCAAUGAUCCCGCAGUGCUGCAGAACAUGGUCCAGAACAACACUCAAUGGGAUGAUACCACUCCAGAUCUGAUUGAUUGGACAGCCCAUGGCAGGGCAGUCAACAGGCACGAGACCAGAAAAACAACACUGGUGAAGCUUUUGUUUGACAUUCUUCCAGUGGGCAAAAGGGUCCACAAGUAUGAUGCCAAGUACGAUCAUCGGUGCCCACACUGUGGUGGCGACAAUGAAACAGCAGCCCAUCUCUACCUGUGCACUCAUGAAGAUCCAACACUGUGGAGGACAACCAUGCAGCAGGCUGUCAGCAAACAACUGCGCAAAUGUGAUACUGAUCCAUCCCUGUUAGCCAUUGCUUUGCAAGGGCUCGAGUGCUUCUUCGCAGGCAAGCAUCUUUACCCAUCUGAGUUCCCAGAAAGGUAUGAUCAACUGGUCAUCGACCAGAACCACAUUGGGUGGAACAACUUCCUCAAGGGCCGACUCUCCAAAUUGUGGACCAAGCACCAGGGAGACUAUCUCCAUCAUGUUCAAAAGCAUACAUCCAAGAAAAACGGUACCAUAUGGACUACCAACUUGGCUCAUCUCUUACUCCAACAAUGGUUUCUACUGUGGGAUGACCGCAAUGCAGCCAGGCAUGGACGUGAUAAACAGCAGCAGUGGAUCAAGAAGCAGCAACAGCUUCAACGGGAAGUAGAGCUUCUGUAUGAGCAGGCAGACCAGGUGCCACUGUCUCUUGUCAACUCCAUUUUCAAAAGGCCACUAGA